AUGGAUAAUUCAACUUAUGUUUUGAGGCCAAGUGAAACACAAACUGUGAGAUUUAGAAUACAUCAUAGGGGACGUUUGGUGCAACAUCCAGUGAAGUUGUAUGUUGGAGGGAUUGCAAGUGAAAUGAAUUGGGACUGGGAUGUGGACUUAAUGUCCUAUAUGGAGAUUGAAAACAUGAUUAAAAAUGAAGGGUAUUGUAAUAUACGGUGUUUAUGGUAUUGGCAUUCUAAGUAUGCCUUUUCUCGUGGACUUCGACCUUUGAAUGAUGACAAAGAUGUGUUAAAUUUCAUGGAAGAUAUUAGAGGAUAUAAAUUGAUCGACAUUUAUGUUGAACACAAAGUCGAAGAAGUUAAUAUUGAGGAUGUUAGGUUUAAUGAUGCAAUUGACGAAGAAGUAAAUGUUGAAGAAGCAAAUGUUGAAGAAGUAAAUAUUGAAGAAGUAAUUGUUGAAGAUGAAAAUGUUGAAGAAGCAAAUGGUGAAGAUGAAAAUGUCGAGGAUGUCAAUGUUGAAGGUGUCAAUAGUGAAGACAGUGAAACAUAUCCUGAUUAUGAGGAGUGUGAGGAUGAUGAGGAUGAUGAGCUACAUACACCACUUGGAAGUGAUGUUGAAGAUAAGAUGCAAAUCAAAGAUGCCGUAAAAGAUUAUGCAAUGGAGUCUAAUAAGAAUGUUGUGAUCAAGAAAAAUGACAAGAAGAGAGUGGUUGUAAAGUGUAUGGCCGUUACAGGGGCCGUUGGUAAGGAUGGAAAUAACAAGAUGAUACCAAUAGCUUAUGCAGUUGUGGAAGCUGAAACAAAGGAUUCAUGGCAAUUGUUUCUUAAGUUAUUACUCGAAGACUUACAAUCCAUUCAACAAAAUGCUUAUGGAUUUACAUCAGACCAACAAAAGUUGCACUUCUGUUCUGAUAUGCAAUUAUGCUCUGGAAAUAUUCUCUGGAAAUUUGUUCUGAUGCAAUUAUGCAAUUCUAUAAAUGUGUACCCUGCUAGAAUCAAACAUUACAUAACGGUUAGAAUUUCUACUCAAAAGGAGAAAUUAUCCAGGUACAAAGGUGCUAUAAGUCCUAAUAUCCAACAAAUAUUGGAAAAAACAAUGAGGGAAGCAGAACGCUGGACUGCAACUUGGCAUUCGGAUGACGACUUUUCUAUUUUUGGUGUUUCAAACAGUGAUGAGACAUAUAUUGUAAACUUGCUGCAGAAGACAUGUGCUUGUAGGAAGUGGGAUUUAACCAGAAUACCGUGUUGUCAUGCUAUCACAUACAUAUGGUUUAACAAAAAGGAGCCCGAAGAUUAUGUUUCAUCAUUCUACAGGAAGUCUACCGUGAUGGCAACUUAUAGCCAUAUCAUUAUGCCAACCAAUGGUCCACAACUAUGGCCGACAAAUGUUACUCAACCAAUCAACCCUCUAGUCAUGAGAAGAUCUAUUGGUCGCCCAAAGAAGAAUCGUAUCAAGGCAAAUGAUGAGCCGAGGAAUAGAAAAACAUUGCCUAGAAGUCUUCAAACUGUCAAGUGCAAGAAAUGUGGGAAUUUUGGGCAUAACAAGCGAACAUGUAAAGGCAAGAGAGCUGCAAAGAGAGCAAUUCCUAAGGGUGGAAACAAAAAGGAAAAAAAUGGAAACAACGGGGCUGAAAAAACAGUUAUAGACGGAGGAUCGCAAGCGCCAACGCCAACCCAAGAAUAA